AUAAGGAGCAAGGGAUCCAAUCCAGUUAAAGCUUGUUCUGGUACUGGUUGAACCUUAAAUAUAACGUUUGCACACUUCCCUGGGAAGUAUAGGGUUGAGGUGUACGUCUAACCUGCAGGCUUUCCUAGUUUUAUCGGAACAAAAAGGUUGAAAUUUUCCUUACAGUAGCUGUCUCGUCAAAACAAAACGAGAAUGGGACGGAAAAAGGGAACUUCCAAUGCAGAUGCAGCUGCAGAGCCAAGACGGAAGUCUCAACGGCUGUCGGAGAAAGAGACCCAGGAAAAGCCACAACCAGAGAAGACAAAGGCUCCACCUAAAACCAAGAAGGUAAAGGAGGCAGCAAAGGCCAAGGCUGAAGAGAAGAAAGAAGAAGCCCAGGCAGAGAAAGAAGUUCCUGCAGAAAAUGGCGAGGCCAAAGCUGAGGAGGCUGCUGCAGCAGAUGAUCAGGAAGACGAAAAGGAAGACAAGGCUGAAGAGGAUGAGAAAGCAGAGUAGCAGAGAUGGUUUCAUGUACUUCUUUUUGUUGUAAAAUGCAGAGAAUAUUUUUAUCAGCUAUUUUCUUAAGACGGCAUUGUUUUUAAGGAUGUGAUUGCAUUUUUAAAAUACUUAAAUGUCUUGUUAAAUUUCCAAAGCUUUUGUGAAGGGACCCUUUCUGUCAUUGUGUUGAUUGUAUUUUGUGGCAUCAUACAUGUUUCAGGAGAGAGAGAUGGUUUGUUCAGAGGGACCAUAUCACCGGUACUAUUAUGGAUUCUCAAAAUGCUGUGAGUGGAAUAAUGCUGUGGAAGCUAAAGCAUUAUUUUGUGUUUGUGAACUUUGGUGCUCAGCUUUCACUCCCCCCGCCCCAUUUGAAACAAAUGUUUUCAAUUUUCUGGUACAGUAGUGAACAACGGUGAGACGCAUCGUUGCAGAGUUAGUUGUUUAUCCUUUUAGGAUCUUGGGUUUUGGGAUUUUAUCUUUUCCAAAUUCCUUUAUGCUAUAGGUGGUAUAAAAUGCCAAUUAAAAUGGUUUCUGUAAUGUUUGUAAA